AUGGCCGCCAAAACUCAAUUGAGCACCCUCCCCGCCGAACUGCGCUCCGAGAUAUGGAGCCUCGCGCUCCUCCCCUCCCCAGGCGUCUAUCGGUGUGACACGGCCAAGUUCAUCCCCACCCGCGAGCGAGGGCACUUGUUCGAGGUCGAGGACGCGCGCUGGCUGAUCCAGAAGCGCCGCUACCCCACAGUCAUGCAUCUGUGCCGCGAGUCGCGUCUCCUCGCCCUGGGCGUCAUGGAGAAGGAGGUGAAGGAGAACGCGUCCUUCUACUGCAUCGGGCAGGAUACGCGCCCCUUCAUCCCCGAGAUCGACACCUUUUGGUUCGACGACCACGACGGCGGUAGGACCCUGUGCCAGCCCACCGUCGUCAAGGAGCGCGGCGUCGUCGGCAGCCGGGUCCACACCAUCCGGAACCUCGCCGUGUCGGCAGCGCUUGUCCGAUCGAGCGACAGGGGCGACUCCACCACGCCCUGGGUCAUGUACAUGUUUCGGGGCAUCGGGCGCUUCGAGAACCUCCGGCGCGUCGACGUCGUGUUUGGGCCUGUUCCGAUGGAGGCGCGAUGCGAUGGUUACGAGACGGAUAGGGACUGCUGGGCGGCCGCGGACCCGGAACUGGUCGGGGAACCGCGCCACGGUCAUUUCGUCAUGACGGGGAUGUACGACGUGCCGGAGCUACGGCUGGUGGAGAAGACCACUGGGGCAUCGGCGGACGCGGACCAGAGCCGAGACCGACGAGCCGCCAAGAAGAAAUUGGACAGGGCACGCGCCGACGUGUGCGGAGGCUAUACGAAGAGGGCCUCGUAUCUGGCAAGCCCCAAGGGCAAGAGGAUGUGA